GUUCCCUUCACGAUGUCAGCUAAGCGUUUAUGCUCAUCGGUCGCCAUUCGAUUAACGAACCUAUUCUUUUUUCCACGUAUCCUGAAUGGACGACGAAAAUGCUUCAGUAUUUUGCCGGGUCGAAUAUUCUGAUUUCCCCACUACGUUGGUGAGCGUAAUGGCGUAAUGGCGCUCUUUAAAAGGAAGACGAGUAUCAACUGGUAUCAACAAAUAAAUCAUAAUUUUGAGAAUUCGAUACAUUAUUUCAAAUUAUAAUGACGAAAUAAGAAUGAAAACGAAGAGACAAUGAGCAGUCGCAGUUAAUUAAAAUUCUCGAUAUUAAAGAUGUUGCAUGAGAUUUUACUGUCACUUUGGGGAUGUUCAACCAGUGUAUCACAGAUAAUUGAGACAGAGUCUAUCGAUCUUGAUAAAUACUUGCAUCCUGGAGAACGGGCGCUACUCAAUAAAAUAUUGGACAUUGUAAAGGAGUGUAAUGUUAUACGAAAUUUUAUACACUCAGUAAGCAACAAAGAUACAAAAGAAUGUAUAGGUCCUGGUCUCUAUAUACGCGCUCUUUGCGAUGGAAUGGAUCAAGCGUUGGAGCCUUUUCGUGAAGAAAUAAUUGAAUUGGAAACUACAGUCUUAAAUGACAGUUAUACUCCACUGUCAUUAAUCCUCUGCAGUGUUGAAAAAUAUACUUGUCUAUUUUCUUUAUUGCAUUCUAUCAUUCGUGAGAUUAAUACGCAGAAACUUUAUGGUUGUAAAUUGUUGCAAUGUUUACAUCAGCGUAUGCAUACCGGUAUACCAGAAAGCAACUCCACUUUGGAAUUGAUGGCUCAUUCUGUUCAUAUUGUUUUCUACAAGCAUCUAACGAGCUGGCUUUUGUAUGGGCAUUUAGAAGAUGUUUACAAAGAAUUUUUCAUACAAAAAACAUCGGAUUAUGAAAAAGCUUCAAUGAAGGAAGAUGAAAAGAACGACAUUGAUGCGCGCGAAUCGAUAAGUGGCAAAAGAAUUGAUGUUAAUAUGUGGGACUAUAAUGUCCAAAUGGACAUGCUCCCAUCUUAUAUUAGGCCGUCACUAGCGAAUAAAAUUUUGACCAUCGGUCAGACCGUCAUUAUGUUUGGAAAUGAUCCCAGACAGAAAAAAGAUUUCAGCAUGAUAUCCAAGACGGAAAAUUCCGUAUGGGGCGACAAAGAAUAUGAAUACUUUAGGAAACUUCAGAAUCUCCAGGCAAAAUCAUUUUUUGACAUCGUUGAGUUUGAUCGCACUGUCAAUGAAUUGAAACAGUGUGUGACUAAACUUUUAUGGCACGUUGCCGUUGAAGAGGCGCAGUUGAUGCAACAGCUCAGGCUCGUGAAAGAGUUCUUUUUGAUGGGACGCGGCGAUCUUUUCUUAGAAUUCAUCAAGCUCACGGCGCACAUUUUGAAUAAAGCACCUACGAACCAUACUUCUAGAGAUAUUAAUCUCGCAUUUCAAAUGGCGCUGAGGAAGAUGCAUCUGAACGACGAAAGCGCUAUCGAUAGCUUUAAUUUCGUGGUACCCGCGCUACCUUCUGAAAACGAACAUGUCGACACGGAUGCUACAGAUCUUGGCUCUAAUACUCCCGAUGAUGAAAGACAAGAUCCUAAUGAGAAACGUGGAUGGGGUAUGAUUACAUUGAAGUAUAAAGUUGUUUGGCCAUUGCACUUGUUGUUCAAUCCAGUCACGUUGAACGAUUAUAACAUUUUGUUUCGUUUUCUGUUAAGAGUUAAAAAGACUCAAAUAGACUUGUGGAAUCUUUGGAGCGAACACAUGCAUCACAAGGACAUAGACAUUGGUGUAAUCCAAUUGAGAAAUAAUUUGAUCUUUAUCGUCGAUAAUUUGCAGUAUUAUCUGCAAGUGGAUGUUAUGGAAAGUCAAUAUAUUGUAAUGGAAACGACUAUGAAAAACACACGAAAUUUUGAGGAUAUACAAAAAGCGCAUUCUGUGUUUUUAGCUAAUGUUCUAUCGCAAACUUUUUUACUAGACAGUGGAACAGGAAAAAAGAAUCCGGUGAAUAAAUUGAUACAUCUCUUGUUACGGCUGUGCGACGAUUUUAUCCUGCAAGCGUCUAUGUGGGAAGUCGGCAAUUUGCUCUUAACGGAGAAAGAAGAACUCAAAACAUUAUACGAGACACUCGAUAGUGUAAUGGACUGGUUGACAAAAACAUUAAAUAAAGUGCGCGCACAACCCAGUGGAGAACACUUGGCUCGAUUGCUUUUGAGAUUAGAUUUUAACCGAUGGUUCAGUAAAAAGGUUUAAAAGAGGUAAAAAAUCAUUCGGCGAAUCAUAAAUAUAUCGCAGUAACUAAAAAAGGCAUCCUUUUUCUAAAGAUUUAUUGGAAUUCAAUACAAUGUUCAGUUAAGAAUACAUAACAGUAGAUUAUAUAAAUAACACUAUUAUUUUUUAUUAAUUAAAACUAAAAUAUACCACAAAUUUGAAAAAUAAACUUGCAAUAAAAGGACAUGUGUUAUCCUUAUAGAUCAUUUUAUAUAUUUUAACUCUACAAUAUUUUCUCAAAUUUAUUUUUCUCUAUUAUGCAAUUCAUACAAUGAAUACAAUAAUCGCUAAUAUAUCAUUUAAUUAUAAUAAUACUUUACGAAUCACUUGAAUAUUUAUUUGCAUUUGAUUGACGCUAAUGGCAGUUCAAUAAAGAUCUGACAUGUACAUGUUAUACAUGUUUUGACAAUACAUGAACAUUGGUCUUUUUUAAUCGAGGAAUAAUCUAUUAUAUUAAUCUAUCUGAUAUUAUGAACAUUCUAUAGUAUAUCACAAAUAUGAAAGAACAGUUUUAAGACUUCCGUUUCUUUAUUGCAGUAUUGAUUUAUAACUUGUGAAGACAUGUGAAUUUUUUGUAUUAUCAAAAUAAAUUGAUUUUUUCAUACACUGCUAACUUGUAUUCUACAAGAAACAAAAGUCUUAAAUAUAAAGAGAUUGUGAAAUUUUCAAUCGCUAUCGUCAUCAUAAUCUUCAUCGCCGUAUCCAUAUGUACUAUCACAUCUGCGUUGAUGCAAUUGUAUCGCAUUCUUGAUAGACACAUCGGAAGCUAAUUCUUCCGCAGUAACGCCAUCAUUAUUCUUCAAAGUCGCAUCGGCAUCGUAUUCCAACAAUAAAUUUAUUAUCUCCAAAUGUCCAUGACUCGCAGCUACAUGCAAUGGCGUGUCACCCAUUUUAUUCUACGAUUGAAAUAAAAUGAAAGAUUAAGAGAUGCAUAUAUAUGAAAUAAAUAAAUGUCAACCACAAAUGAAGACAUAAGAGUAGAUACAGUAGAAGCAAACGUUCACACUUAUAGUCACACUUUAUUCAUUUAAUGCUAAAUGUGACUAUCUAAUUCAGAUUUUUGCUUAUAUCACGAAAGAUUAAAUGUCAAAAUAUUACAGUUCAUUCUCUUACUUGAGCGUCUACUACGGGAUUUGGCAAAUUGAGAAGCUCUCUUGCACAUUCCAAAUGGCCAGUGCGCGCUGCCCAGUAUAACGGCGUGUUUCCAGCUGCGUCUAAACCUGUUCCCGAUAUGCCCUGAUUCAAAUAUUCCUUCAGGAAGGAAAUAUUGCCUCGUCUUGCAGCAUCAUGUAAUGGCAGCUCGAUCUCUUGUGUUUGUUCUUCAACUGAAACCAACAAAUUAUGAACAUUAUGAGCGACAGGUAUAAGUCCUUUCUGGUCUCCACACUUGGCCCUCCACCAAUUUGGAUCGGUAUCUCUUUCGUAAACAUAAAGUAAAUCACCUUCUUCGAAUGAUAACUCAUCUAUCUAUAAAAAGAAAUAUCUCAUAUUUUAUGUUCAUAUGUAAAACAAUAUAUGAAGAAAUAUUAAACGUUACAUAUAUACUAUACACAUACAUGUGUAAGUAUAUAAGAAAUAUAAACAAA